AUGAUCGCGCUUUACCACUCAACACGUGGUCAGACUCCCUCCGUCCGGUCACUAGCGGACAAGUUUGGACCUGAAAUGGGUGCUGCUCAGUCCACGACGGGGUCUGAAAAGGUCUUCAGAAACGAAACCCCGAUACAGUUUUCUCCAGAUGUCGUCGACCAGCUACAAGAUAGGGAGGCUUCACCUGGUCCAACUCCAGAACGGCAGACAACUAUUGACCAACAUAUACGAUCGAGAAUAGAACAUGAAGUGAAGCAAUUACGCAAGCAAGAGGAGGAGGUUCAAAACUCAAUUGCUCUCGCUCUGGAGAAAGAAAACCUUGACAAGGAGAAGUCUAUGGGGGGCGAGGUAGAAGGGGGGGAUUCUGCAGGUGCCGUGAAGAGCAGUGCUGCUCUAUUUGGAGAUUUGGAGGAUAUCCGCUCGAAAAUCGAACGAUUUCAGACUCGGAGAACAUUGCAGGACCAUCCAGAGGUCAAAUCUUACCAGGAGGCCGUCUUGACAUGCUACAAGUCUCAUCCCGUUACAACUUUAGACUGCUGGCAGGAAGUCAACAAGUUCAAGGAGUCUGUACGUGCUUUAGAGCAGGGAUACUUUAAAUCGUUACAUUAAUUUUCCAUUCUGCAAUCGAAAAAUCAUCUUUAAUCAUUAUUUUAACAUCGACCCAAUCCC